UUUAUUAACUAUUUCCCAUAUUUUUAGCCAACAAAAAUUUAAUAAACAUAAUUAAAUUUUAUAAAGUUCAUUUCACUCAUCAAUUGGUAAAAAACAUCUCAUCUUCCGUAGUAGGUGUUCUAUUUAUAACAUUCUUUAAUUAUUUUGUGGGAAAAUAGUUUGGUAGACGAGCCAAAUACAUCCACAUAAAUACAUGCAUGCAUACCAAUGAUAUUGAUGAUACCAUUCGCAAGUUGCAACCUCCUCAAGGACCACUAACUGAAAUGAUUAACUGUUGUGCUUUACAAGAAUCCAAAACCAGAGAUGACAUGAUUAGCUGUUGCGCUUUACAAGAAUCCAAAACCAUAGCUUAUAAUAUUGUCGCCGGUUUCAAAUUAAAUAGUAUUUAUCAAAGUACUAAAGCAGAAUACUGGCGUCUAUAUAUUUGUCCUCCAUGAAAGAUAACUCAUUUCCUCACCUCAGAAAUCUUCUUCCGGGAACUUGGGGUCGAAAUCUGUAUAGGUGGUGGGUACGAGUGUCGAAAGACCUAUGGGAGAAGCUAUCGGACCAAAACAAGAGAAAAGUGGACGAGCCUCUGAUGUUGAGUCGCAUAGACAGCUAUCGGACCAAAAUCAUGUCUAAUUUUCAGUCGAUGACGCCGAGGUCGCGACGAUCUCAAAACGAACAGGGCAAUAAUGAAUUUGUAUAUAUACACUCCCAUACACACUUCGACGAGAAACCUUUUCCAAAACCGUUUUUACUGAGACUCAAACUCAUCUUCUUCACUCAAUCCUACCUGUAGUAAAACCGUUAGGAAAAGAGGUGACUUUGGAUUUUAAAUUAAGGUAUUUUGAUUUGGGGCUUCUGUUUUGUUUUCUAAUUUUAAAACGAAAUAUAGACAACAAAAUAGAUUGACCAAAAGUAAUACUAAAUUGGCAUGGUCAAACUAAGUUUGGUAUUUAUUUGGUUUAGUGAUAAAUUCGUGUUUUUUUUGGCAAAAACAAGAAAGUUCAGUAUUUAAAUGAUGGUUUUCUCGUUGUAUAUGAUAAAAUUGACCAAAGAUGGCAAAAGAGAUUCUCAUAGCUGCAAAGGACUUGAUAUUUAUUCUUUCUAUUUUGUUAGUACUCCAAAGAUCACACAUCCAAACUCCCAUUAGUUGAGUGUAGUUUUAUUAUUCAAAGUUCCAAUUUUGUUGGACAUUUUGGCUUACUCGGUUUGGGUGGUUUAAUGGCAAAAUCACAUUCUUUCUUUCGAUAUAUUCUUCCCAAGACUCUUUAUAAAUGUCUAAUUCUGUCAUGAAACCGAUAAAUGACUAAUCAAACUAAUAUUUCCUUUGCACUUUGCAUAAUAAUAGAAACUGGAACUGGCAUAUUCCUUUAAGAAAAAUGUAUCUCUUCUUAUUCAUUCUUGUCUUUGUUUGAUCUAGAUAAACGAAUUUAUGUAGAAACUUUGUAUAAUUUUUUUGUUUUGGAUUUAUGCAUGGAGGAAAUAAGCAAAAUUUGAAGGUAUUUUCUUAGUUUCUAGGAAUAAGCCGCCACUGACGUCAUGGAUGAGUUAGAGUGGUUGGAGCUUUGAAUACCGAAGGGUGUGUAUAGAAGAAUCUUUCUGAUACAAAGUAGUGUCAUGGUACAGAGAGGCAAAGACUUUGUUUAUAUUAUUGUAGAUACACUUGAUGAAGUAAUAUUAGGAUAUGGUCAAAUAUCAUUUCCUAUUAGAGAUCGAUGGAGUAAGCUUCCUUGAAAUUUCAUACAACGUGCCAUCUAAAAUAAGUCAAGUCGCCUUGAUGAGUUGCUGCACUACAAGCUUUUUUAGUCUAUAAGAUCCGAGUUUUUCUCCAAGUCCCAACAUAUAACCGGUGAAAAUGUACAUUACAAGGCGUUUGUCAGAGUACAGGAGGAAUCCAUCAGAGCUGACACAGCCUCCUCCUGAGGGUCCAAGCUCUGGAGUUUUGGUGAUCCAUGACCAACACUCACAGAUACAGUCUACGUGUUGCUUUGGCUCGUGUGAGGUCGUGGAGUGUAAUCAUAGUGGUUUGCCGUUAACCCAAAAUCUAAAGCUAGCUGUCCUAUUCAAUAGUGGAGGAGACGACAGUACUAAUGACCCAAUCGUGUUCAUUCCUGUUCUUGAUAAGCCUCUGUCUUCAAACUGCUACUACGCUAUUAGGCGACGUGGGAAGUAUUCAGGAGAAGCAUCUACUAGCGCCAAAGAGGAAGAUAUAGUCUCUUGUUGCUUGUGCCUUACGCAAGUUCCUGAAGCUAAACCAAAGCAACUAGAUCCUUAUGACAUAUACCAACAGUUCGAGAUCCAUCAAAAGAAACCAUCCUCGCGUUAUUACCACGCAACAUAUGUUGCUCCUGACGGGGUCCCACCAUGGUUCCUCAAGAAGAAAGAGUGGACGGUUUCAUACUCUAGGUCCCAAGAAUUUGAACUGAGAGAUGAUGCAAAAGGACUCAACAAAGAGCUUCGUGGCAAGCUUCCAGCUCUUGGCGAGAGCGUUGUGGUUGGGAAGUGGUAUGUCCCUUUCAUAUUCGUGAAAGAAAGAGACGCAAAGGAUCAGAUCAAGAGAUCCGUGUAUCACAGCAUGACUCUUGAACAGAGAUGGGAAGAGGUUUUCUCUUAUGAGAAUGAUAAAAGCGAAAACGGUGAUGUUGUGGUUGAUGUGGAAGUAGAAGAUGAAGUUGUGAAGCUUGGGGGACAAGAAAUUACAAGAGGUGUGAAUGAAAAUGGGUUUGUUUGGUUUGGGGUUGGAGACAGGAAGAUCGGUUUAAGGUCAGUGGUUGUUGAGAGGAUGAAAUGGGAAGAAGAGAGAUUUGGGUGGAGAAGCAAAGGCGAGCAGGAGCGAGCAAUGGUGGUUAAGAGACUGGAGGAGAAUCCAAAAGAUGGUAGUUUUUGGAAGAGUUAUCAUUGUUAUGUUUUGAUAGAAAGCUUCGUAUUGAAGAGAAUGGAUGAGAGCUUGGUCUUAACAUAUGAGUUCAGACAUGCUGAUAAGCUCAAGAGUAAAUGGAGUGAGCUUGUUGGCGCAACGUAAAGUUACGUAAAUGAAAAAGAAUGAGAAAAAUAAAAUAUAUUGGUAAAAAAAUAUUUUUCUACUGCUUAAGAAAUAUUACUUCAGAAAUAAA